UGACGCUGUUGCUAGUAUAGUGUAUGACCAAAAUAAACAAUAUUACAUCAUACAAUAACCUGCCUAGGGGUAGAGUGAGAGAGAAAAGCAUACGCGGUGGCGUUUGUUCGAAAGUUAAAUGACUCAGCUGCCGCCACCGUAAACCCUUGUCGAUUUCGCCAAGGAAAUCAUCUGCUUUCCCUAAUCGGGAUUUGCGGCGCGGCUCUGUCCGGUCCUGUCGCCGACGAUGGAUAGCAACAAGAACGAACAGUGCUGCUUCAACACCAACGCCCACGGCAGGCACGAUCCCCCGGCUCGAUCGGCGGACAUCAUCGAAACCGGCUGCCAAAUCGUAAAAACGGUAUCUGCUGCCAAGUACCAGAAUCAGUUCAACAACAACAAUCUGAUCGAGCAGGAAAAUUUGAUGCCGCCGGUGAAGAAAGACGAUCCUCCGGCGAUUCUGGUUGAUCAGAAUGGCGGUGGCGCAGUUGGGUUGUUAAGUGAUUUGCACGUGAAAGAUAAGGUUCUUGCUGUAAAUGGUUCUACUCGCAACAAUUGCGCAAUACUUCCAUCGUCAUCGUCAUCAUCAUCCUCAUCCGUUUCCGUACCCCGGAAUGCAUCCGAAGAAAGAGUGCCUUCUGGUCAGCAAAACGUAGAAUGCCUUACCAACGCCACCACUACCACCAUCACCACAUCUAGCUUUAUUCCCACGAUUAAUGGGACAAACUCAACCAUUCCGGAGUCCUUGUCUCGAAGUAGCAUCGCGGACCAUUCGCUAGACACGCUGGCCGCCGGUGCUGGUGCCUCGUGCGAUCGGAAGGACGAGUUCUCGUUGGAAGCAGUGGCCAGGGUGAAGCUGGACGAAGCGGGUGCUGGGUCCGGUGCACCUGACGAUGGGGAUUUUUCGGACAAUAACUCGAUCGGAAACCUCUCCUACAUCAGCGAGAAUGGACUGAUAGAGGAAAUUAUUCUACUUCCGAGCAAUGCCUACUCCGAUGACGACAGUGCAUCCACGUCGGAUGACUGCAUCUAUGCGUACCGCGGUGGCGAACCAAGUGGGGUGGCUUGGUUACCGCAAGAACUAGAUCAACCACCCGACGACGAGACUGACUUUCUGGAGAUGGACUUCGAUCCCGAACCAAGCUCGGAGAUGGAAAAUUUUGACUCGAGCCAGCAAGAGCAGGUUUUGGAAGAUGAUGGGCUUGCUGCGGCGGCGCCCAUUGCGGGUAGGGUGAAUGAGACGCAACACUUGCAAGAAGCGAUUCCCAGAAGCAACAGUCCCAGGACGGCUGUCGUCUCUUCCGGUCGAACGUUGUCGCCUAAUUUGAAAGAAUCCGAACCGUCUCAACCGAACAUUUCGGGGUCGCCUGAGGCAUCUCUAGCUAGGAACAAUGACAAGCAAAAGUUGUCCAUUGAGGAUGCAUUAGCUACUACGAGUUCGCUAUCAACACCAGGUCCGAUUGCAGCAGUUUACGUGCAAAAAAGCACCGAAGAGAAUGCGACACCGGAUGAGAUACUCGAAACGAUCGAACCCGCAUCGAUCGAGCUGACACAGGCUCACAAAACGGGUGCCAUUCCGAAAACGGUUCCACAUCACUACACAAGCCCAGAACGCGACCGAGCUUCCGGCGGAAGGGGUUCCUCGAAUGCUAAAAAUUUGAAGCUCGAUUUAAGUCUAUGCUUGGACGAUAUUGAAGCAGGCGGUAGGGCUGGGGGUGGUGGUGCUAAGCGACGCUAUUUCGAUCACCUACUAUACUACGAACCCCAGGCCUGCUCCGGUCAACCAUGGACGCCGGACAAACUAGCCGCAAACCCGGAACAAAGUGUAAACCAUGAGGAGAUAGAAUUCUACUGUGCCGAAUGUGGCAAUUUGGAGUUCACGAAUAAUCUUUGGAUGGUCCAAGAGCCCGACAGCUGGAUGUGUAGGAAUUGUACGUUUACGCGAGACGAGAAGUUAAUUAGGCGCCGGGCAGACUCUUUUCGGCCUCGAACAAAUGACAGCAAUCAGAAAGGAAUCGGUCCAAAGCUAGUGGACUGUCGGAGCGACGCGGAAGCCCUCGACAUACGUGCAGAACAAAUUGCGCUCGAGGCUUUGGGUAAAAUCAACUCGCUCAAAGAGACUCCAGCUAGCAGCGGACAACUAUCGUGGCAGGAGGAAGAACAGCACGGCCGGAAUCGUUCGAUCAUGACGAAGGGAAAAGAAUAUGAGUGUCGGGAUGUGCUGCAGGAUCAGGAAGUUCCCAACCCAGGCAACUACCAUUACAUUGGGGUUGACAAGCAUCCUGAAAAUACUGUCACCAUCUACACGAUCAACUGUAGCAAACAGACAAUAAUUGAAGCACUGACACGCAUUGGAAUUGCACCAAAUCUAGACGUACUACGACAGUAUUUCAAUGAGCAAACCCAUGUCGACACAUCCAAGAUGAAUAUCCCGCAGUACCUGCUGCACAUGUCGAAGCGUGACUGUAACUAUAAGAAACUGAUCGAGGCCAUUAAAUCCUGCUGUGAUGAAGAAACGUUGGACGUUCAAUAUUUUCCGUUUGAUCCCUUCAGCGAUAUGCCGGAGAUCGUACAGAUAAGUUCUUGCGAGAUUGCGAAACGAUGGAACGCAAACACCAAUCUAAGGCAAAUUAUACACUUCAAGCAUAAGCACUUUCACACGCUAAAUGUUCUUGGCAAAAUUGUUAACAUCAUCCGGCAGCCUUCCCGCGGUCGUCACACAACGCACACGAUCGGUAUACCGCAGUACUACAAGAGUGGUUCCAUUACGAUCACCCGGAUGGCAGAAACGUCGUGAAAGGGUGAGGGCUGUCGCUAGUCAGUUACCUGCAUACGAAGCAUUAGCAGAGAACGAGUUUGUAAAUAUUAGAUAGAAAUAUAUAUUUAUUCUAUGAUCCACGAUGGAGGGGCAACGGUGGAGUCCUACUUUGGGCACUCUUGAAGAUUAAAGUUAUGGUGGAAACACAGUUGAAGAUGUUUUCUUAAAAUAUUGCAUUAAGUUUUCGGAAAAGUGCUAAGGGAAUUGCCAUAAAAAUUGUUUCUAAUCCUUUCGAUCCUCUCUUCGAUUGCUAAUUGUGUCGGCACAAUGAUAAAAGGAGUAUUAUUAAGAAUAUAACAUACACAAUUAAACAAGGCUUAUCGAUUCCUUUGCGUGGCAGGUAUCCGCGAGUUUUGUUCCUGUACCAGUGUAAUUGUUCCGAUAAUUUUACUUACUGACUUUCGAUGAAACAAAGUGCGUAUGGAUUUUCGAAGAAUCAAAAUAUAUAACCUAAUGAAACUAAACCAAGUUGCUUAGGCACACCACACCCGCCUAUCAUUUUUUGUAUUCGUACACGCCUAAUGAAACGGUGCGGGCUUAGCUUGGACACUAUUCAAAGUCGGAACAGAUCAUUGAGGUGCGCCUAUCUACCUUGGGGUAAACAAUAAAUUAUACAUAUAUACACACAUAAUCUCCAGUAAACACGAGCAUAUAUGCAAUCCAUCGUAAAACACUCCUGCUGAAUAAACCA